AUGACAAGCGAAACAGCCACAGCCAUGUCUGCCGUUGCGUCCAGCCAAUCUGGUGACGUUGGCAAGGAUACCUCUGGUCCAUCUCGCCGUCCAAACAUCUCACCUGGCGGUACAAUCGGUCCUGCGAAUACCAGAGAUGUAGGCACCCAGACCGACGAUUUUACCCUAGCUUCGUUUUUGGUCUAUCGUAGAGGACUAGAGGCGGUGCCGCCAUCGCCGCUUCGUGGUACAAAUGGCAGACACUCGUCUGACCCAACACCUCCAUCUCCAAUUUCGAUUUCAAGCGACGAGGAAGAGGAAAGCAACGAUACUGGCGGUCUUCAUGCCAACCCUCAAGACGUCAAUGCCAAUGCCCUUGAAGACAAUGACUCCGACUCCUCUGACGAUACUGACAGUUUUGCUGGCAUGGAUAAUGAUUACGAAAGACAAAAGUUUGUUAUUGAGCGGCUCCAGAUGAUGCAGGACGACUACUACAAACGCGGCAAUGAUACGUGGCAUCACUGA